GUUUAAAAGCUCCACCCACCGCCCCUUGCGUGAGUCAUCGCUGCCCUGCCCACUUUCUCCCAUUGAUUUGAGUGUUAAUUUCCUCAUGGCCGGCUUAUCCGCUGCUGCCUCUCCGCCCCGUCGGCUGGCCCCGCCCCUCCCCCUAUGCCUGCCCAAGUAGUUGCUGCAGCCGUUGUUGUAAGGCUGGCCGAGGCCCGGGAAUGGGUCAGCAGGGCGCUUUCUUGCUCUAUCGCCGCCGCCACCAUCGGGACGACUUCUGAUUCCUUUCUGAGCGGCACCUCCUUCAGGGCUGGCCUUGUCUGUCUUUCCGCAGGCGGGCGGGACGAGGCCGUCAGGCGGGAAAGGGGAGGAUCAGCAGCAGCAGCAGCAACGACUCACCGUUGUUGCCUGUCUGCCUACCGUCGCCGGAACGUACACUCCGAGAGCGCUUCCCCCUCCCCGUCGUCCCUUCUUUCCUGCGCCGGCCAGGAACAGCAGAGGCUCCUCCCCUUCCCCCCUCCGCAGCUGCCGCGCCACCUUCCUCCUUCCCUUCCCCCGGUCCCUGCUGCCCCCGCGCCCGAGAAGCACCUGCGCUACUCCCCGCCACCUCGAGGAAAGGACAGGGCCGGAGGCAGCUGUGUUCCCCAAGGUCUCCAACUUGGUGCGGAUGGAUGGCAGUUGACGCUGUUGGGGCAGGCGAAAGACAUAACUUAAAAACUUUAAAUUCUGGUAAAUGGUGCUGACAGGAGAUCUACUGGGAAUAUAUCUUCUUCUAACGACUGCCGAGGAAAAAUACUUUGCGAAUGGGAUGAAUACACAAGCAGUGACUGCCCGCAGCAGCUUCCUGACUCACUUUAACUAGCUGGAGCACUUAGCUAGUGAUGUUUCCAUUUCUACUCUACCCUAUUUGAGCUUGCCUGUCUUAACUGGACAAAGAAAUUCAAAGUGGAGUACCGUAAACUUGAUAUGGAUAGUAAAAAGAAAGAGAAGGACAAACUGGAUGAUAGAAUGGCAAGACCUAGUGGACGGUCAAGUCACAAUCCACGAGGCAGCAGCUCUUCGAAUUCUGGAGUUCUUAUGGUUGGACCUAACUUUAGGGUUGGAAAAAAAAUUGGAUGUGGCAAUUUUGGAGAGCUGCGAUUAGGAAAAAAUUUAUAUACAAAUGAAUAUGUGGCAAUUAAGCUGGAGCCAAUGAAGUCUAGGGCACCACAGCUGCACUUGGAAUACAGAUUCUACAAGCAAUUGGGAUCUGGAGAUGGAAUACCUCAGGUUUACUAUUUUGGCCCUUGUGGCAAAUAUAAUGCCAUGGUGCUGGAACUACUGGGACCUAGUUUGGAAGAUUUAUUUGACUUGUGUGAUAGGACUUUUUCUCUGAAAACUGUUCUUAUGAUAGCCAUACAGUUGAUUUCUCGAAUGGAAUAUGUUCAUUCAAAGAACUUAAUAUACAGAGAUGUAAAACCUGAAAACUUCUUAAUAGGACGACCAGGAAACAAAACUCAACAAAUUAUUCAUAUUAUAGAUUUUGGUUUGGCAAAAGAAUAUAUAGAUCCAGAGACAAAGAAGCACAUACCAUACCGAGAACACAAAAGCCUUACAGGAACUGCUAGAUACAUGAGUAUAAAUACACAUUUAGGAAAAGAGCAAAGUAGAAGAGAUGAUUUGGAAGCUUUAGGUCAUAUGUUUAUGUAUUUUUUAAGAGGCAGCCUUCCGUGGCAGGGCUUAAAGGCAGAUACGCUGAAAGAACGGUAUCAGAAAAUUGGUGACACAAAGAGGGCAACUCCCAUAGAAGUACUGUGUGAAAAUUUUCCAGAGGAAAUGGCUACCUAUCUUCGUUAUGUGAGAAGACUAGAUUUCUUUGAAAAACCAGACUAUGACUACUUAAGAAAGCUGUUUACAGAUUUGUUUGAUCGGAAAGGCUAUAUGUUUGACUAUGAAUAUGACUGGAUUGGUAAGCAGCUGCCUACUCCAGUGGGUUCAAUCCAUUCAGAUCCUGCAGUAUCUUCCAACAGAGAAGCACAUCCACACAGAGAUAAGAUGCAGCAGUCCAAAAAUCAGUCGACAGACCACAGGGCAGCUUGGGACCCCCAUCAGGCCAACCCCCAUCACUUGAGAGCUCACCUAGCAGCUGACAGACAUGGUGGCUCAGUACAGGUUGUAAGCUCAACAAAUGGGGAACUAAACACUGAUGAUCCUACUGCAGGCCGUUCAAAUGCACCUAUCACAGCUCCUACGGAAGUAGAAGUAAUGGAUGAAACUAAGUGCUGCUGUUUUUUCAAGCGAAGGAAAAGGAAAACCAUUCAGCGUCACAAAUGACUUUGGAAGAAGACAGAUCAUGGGGAAUUACUUACUUGCUCAUCUGCUGUCUUGUGAAAGUCAUUUCUCUAGUGACCACAUGUCUUUCCAGCAUCCCUCUUUCAAUGAGAAGGUCAUACUACGUACUUUGGUUUGAUUGUCCAACAUUCAUAUUUUAUUUUGGAUUAUCUCUUCUGAAAGCUUUAAAGCUAUAUCAACAUAAGUACUUAUUUGACCACUAUGAUACUGGACCAAUGAAAAACAAAUGUUGCUUUUUCCUCAGCAAAUCUAAACUGUCAUAGAAAAUAUAUUAGCUGAAAACUAGAUAUUUCAUAAACCUGGCAUGUACUGAGGUUUUUGUGAUGCCAUAUUGAAAGCAGCUGAUUUCCAAAAGAACAAUACAAAUGAAACAUAUAAUUACCCAAGCACUUAAAGUAAGUCUUGUUUUGAGAUUUCUUUUGUCAGUAACAACUGCAUUGAUUUCCCCCUCUACAUUAUUUUGAUGGUACUACAUUUGCAAAUUCCCAUUAAAACCUGUCAGAAAACAUGGUACAGCCUGCUCAAUGGUACUGAAACAGAAGCAAGAUAAGAGGAGGUUCUUUGAUGACAAAAUCUAAAUACUGUUGUUUCCAAAGAAGAGAUGAAUCAGUAUCAGUAAACUUGGGUUUCAAAAUUUGCUUUUGUUGUGCCUCUAAUUGACACGCAGUGUAGUAGAAAUGGCAAUAGUGCUUGUACAGAAAUACAAAAUGUUUGUAUAAUGCAAAUUGUGCUUCUGGAUACGUCUGACAUCAAGACUCAAGCUUCAGCAGCAAGAUGCUUAGGGGUUGUAAAAAACACACUACAUGGAAAUAACUGUGAACAUGGGUAAGUGGCAUGGGAAUUAAAUGUCAAAAGUCAGUCCUGAAUGACAGUUUUAAAAUGAAGGACUGGAUGUGCCAUGUAACAAAUUUUGAUCUGUUUGUAAAUUAUUUGCUAUUUGAUUUCAGAGAAGAAAUGGAAAUGGGUUGAAUUUAUUACUGCCUUUAAUGAAUGCUAGCUCAUAGCUCCUGGAGAUUUCUGGAAUAUUUUUGGUGAAAUAUUGCAAUGCUUCUAAGACACAGUCAAUAGAAUUGGUAAUGUACUUUUCCCCAUAGUCCCUUUAAGUGCCUGUAUUAUGAACAAACUAGCUGUUCAGUAGAAAAAGCAGCCCUUUCCAUUUUUUUCCAGACCUGCUUCAUUUAAAGCCAUAAUGACAGAGGUGUCCUUUUGUCAUGUUAAGCUGUCAGUCUCAUGAGGAGACUGAAUAAAGGAAAGAGAAUGGCUGGACAGAUUUAUUGACCAAAACUCAAAUUGUGUAUGUUGUCUUUUUAAAAGCUUCCUAGAGCUAACUUUUAAUAACUUUAUCAGUGCAUGCCUUUUGGCAUUCUUAUUUAUUUUUAAUCUCUUGUAACAUUCAAAAUGUGUAUUAAAAUGGAUAAAUGCACACCUUUGAAUUCAUUAUUGCAUUUCCAGGGAUUGUUUUGUAAUUUAUUUUUUCCUUAACAGCCAAAAGUGCAGUGCAUUGUCUCAAAUUAGGUGCACAUAUAAAUGUUGUGCAGAUCUGGUCAUGGUUUGCCAUUGUUGCUGUUAAUGGCUUUAGUAAAUCCUUGAUUGAAAAGCUUGAAUCUGACCUAUAAAAGCAUAAACUAUAUGAAAGUUGAAAGUUUCCACUUUUACCUGUUUGUAUUAUUGAAAAAGUCUUAAACUUUCGAAGAGAUCAUGAAUUUAUUUUUACUUUUAUUUGAGCUGAGAAAGUAGAUGGUGAAACUUGGCCAUCUUAAUGUGAACAUUUUCUUUGCAGUAUUUGAUCAUUUUUUUCCUCCAUAAUAUUUGUAAAUACACGCAGGAUCUAUUUCUUAUCAUACACCUGUUCAGUGUCACUCUCAAGGGUUUCUUUGGCCUGUACAGUGUUUAUAUGAUAUAAACUUGCACAUAACAGUCUGUAAAUUAAUACAAUUAUGGACUUGAAGGUUAAAAAAAUACAAAACCUGUUUACUACAAAAAUCAGAAUCUCAACGUUGCUAUUUAGCAAUAUUUUUAAAUGCUCCAUUUUAAUGCUAAAGGGAGACCUUGUCCUAGCACCACAUCUGGUCAGUAGUAUGUUAUGCAGUUAUGUUCAGGUUAAGCCAACAAUGUUUGCAUUUAUAUGCUUUUCCCUGUCUAAACUAAUGAAAUCAACAUUGACUGAAUGUCUGAAUAAUAAAAUACAUCCCUGUUUAAAAGUAUGUAAUGGAUGAAGAAGAAAAAAAUAAAGGUAGUUUUUUUA